AAAAGAUCAAAAUGGAGACUGGAGCAGGCCCAGCAGGAGCCCGGAGCUGGGGGUUCAUGGCUAGAGUUGUCUGCAGGAAUUAUGCUCGUGGGAAUUGCAGAUGGGGAGCAAAUUGCCAAUUUUCACAUGAGAAUGUGUCAUUGUCGACCCAAAUCUGUAGAAAUUUCUAGCAAGGCUACUGCUUCUAUGGAGACCGCUGCAGAUUCUCACACAUCCAUACAGGAGUCGGAGGUGUCUCUGGGCCAAGGCAAGGUUCAGAACCUUCAAUACAGUCCAUUGGUGGGAGAUUUCCAACAGAUCGCCGGGGUUCAGAGCCAGUACUUGUAUCAGGAAUUACAUCAGGGAGGUUUCGUCAUGGUUCUGAGCCCAUAGCUCCUCAGCUGAUGCCACUGAGCACUGGAAUCCAGGAAGAUGUUGAGGAAGAUAAGGAAAGUCCUCCAAAAGAUGCCCCAUCUAACUGGGCAAUGGCGUCAGAGUUUAUUCCUAGACGGCUUCCACAACAGCAGGGAUCCCAGGAUGUAGGUGCAAAAGCUUUGCAGAUAUGUUCCGAGUCAGUCAUUGGAAAAGUGCCUUCAUCUUCUACAUGUGAAACUAGCUGCUCUGAGUCCAGUGCCACACAGCCAUCAUCUCUAUUGCCAUGCAAGGUUGUUUCUGACCUAGGUUUGUCCAGCUCUUCUAUAGAUGGAAGCAAAGAGGUUGUCUGUGGAAUAUGUAUGGACAAAGUGCAUGAGAAGCCCAUUCCCGAAGAGCGGUGUUUUGGAAUUCUUCCAAACUGUAACCAACCUUAUUAUUUGGGCUGCAUUUGUAAGUGGAGGAACAGCGAGGACUUUAAAAAUGAGAUCAUCAAGUCUUGUCCAGAAUGUCGUGUUAAAUCAAGCUACUAUAUCCCAAAUAAACAGUGGGUUUCUGAAGAGAAUGAGAAGCAGCAGUUGAUUCAAAAGUUCAAAGAAAAGACAAGCAAGAUCCGAUGCAAGUUUUAUGUUCAUUCCAAUGGACACUGCCCAUUUAAAUCUGAGUGCAUCUACCUACACAAAUUCCCACCAGGUUAUCAUCCUAGCCACAGACAGGAGAGGAGAAGACGCAGGCAUCCCAGAUGUAGCCCUAUAUUAUUGUUUGAUGAUGACACUGAUGAGGUGAACCUGCUUCAGUAUGCUAUAGCUCUUGCCAUCCUGGAUGAUGAUGAAAAGGACAAUUUCCUGGAUUACUACUACAACCAAGCCUUUGAUUUGUUUUGGGCCACCAGUGACUCAGAUUUUUCAGACUGAAGCUCAUCUACCAGGUCAUGAAAGCAUUCUUCAGUUGGCAGUUCCUGCUAGCUCUUGCUGGGGUCUGCAAGUUGAAUCCUAGUAGGACUAGUGAGCAAGAGACCUUUUCCUGCUCCUGGCCAAAACUUGAGACUGGACAUUGCUAUGGACCACUUAAGUCCUUUGCUCA